AUGGUCUCACUAUGGCCCUGGAAGGGCGAGGACAACUCUCCAGCUGGUUUCGAAAAGACCUUAUCGGCUCUGGCAUCGAAGAUCACAGCAUCGCAGGCACAUCUAGACUCGUUACGUUCACGAGGGCGUCGAUUUAAGGCGUUAUGGACUCUCUACACGAGUCUGGCAUAUCUCAUCAGCGUUGUGGUACUCUUUUUGGCCGUGGGAUGGAAGAAUCUGGGUGCUCUGGAAUACACAGCCUUGGCGUCGAGUCCGGUGGUAAUCUAUCUCGUACGAGCGGGGAUCACAGCAUACUACGAUUAUCGUACGGAUAGCAUCACGACACGACUUGAAGAGCAACAAGCAGAGCGCACGAAGACGAUCGAGAAGUUGAAGGCUGCCACCAAAUAUGAUUCUACUCAAGUACUACUAGAAAAGUAUGGCGGAGCUGCACCCAAGGCAAAGAAACCAGCAACACCAAAAGCUCCAAAGGCGGUGCCAAAACAAACUGGAAGGGUAUCCAUAGGAGCUCCACCGCCAACUGCGAAUAUAGGUAGACCUGAACAUAUUCCUAGCCAACCUUCCACGCCACAACCUAUUAUGAGGCCGCCACCGCCUCAAAUAAUGCCCCCUCCGGCUUCUUCGCCAGCUACAGAGUUUGCACCAAACGCAUACUCUGCUCCACCUCAAUAUGCCCAGAGCGGGGACAAUGCCGGAGGAAAUUGGUAUGAUAGGAUAUUGGACUUGUUGAUGGGAGAGGACGAGACAUCGCCAAAGAACAGAGUCGCCUUAAUUUGCCAAGAUUGCCGACUGGUAAAUGGGCAAGCUCCUCCUGGGACCAGAACUUUAGCAGAGUUGGGAAAAUGGAGAUGCUUUGGUUGUGGUAGCAUGAAUGGUGAAGAGGACGAGGCUGCAAAGGUCGUCAAGGAAAUGAAGGAGCGAAUGGACAGUCAAGAAGAGCCUGCUUCUCCGGAGAUCGUGAAAGUGGAGCAUGAUAGCGGUAAAGAGGCCUCGACAGAUGAGAGUGGUGAAAUGGUCGAGGCAGCUGAUUCGGGAGAAGAUACUGUUGAGGUGAAGCCGAGGAGAGGUCGACCGAGAGGUAACAAGUAG